CGGAUCGCCGUGAACGCGCAUGUCAUGUUCGCUGCAGAUAUUCUUCCUUCAGCGAAGCGCUGCCUGUAGCAUCCAGACGCUGUGUGUUUUGACACUGACAGCGAAGGCAGCCUAUUUCACAUACAUGUACACAACCUGCUAUUUGAUUCAAAGCGACUGAAGAUUAUCCUCCACCUCCGUGGCGUUUUAGUGGAUAUUCGGAGAAACAAAAAACAAGUCGCUGGCAGACCGACGCAAUUCCCAGCAGCAGUGGCGAGUUAGAUGGAGAAACAGAGGGUGGACGAGUCGCUGUCGUAAAUAAUUAAAUAUCCAGGCAUCUGUUGAAGCUAAAAGAAGGGGAACAUGCAUCUCCACCAGGUGCUAACGGGAGCUGUGAACCCCGGUGACUGCUGCUAUUCUGUGGGGAGCGUCAACGACAUUCCUUUCACCGCCUAUGGUUCAGGCUGUGAUAUAGUGCUCUUGGCCAGUGAUUUUGAGUGUGUUCAGAUCAUCCCUGGGGCUCAAAAUGGCAACAUCCAGGUGGGCUGUGUCGAGUGCUCCCACCAACUGGGCAGGAUUGCAGCGUCCUAUGGGAACACAGUGUGUAUCUUUGAACCAUUCGCUACCAACUCAAACAAACGCCACAAGCAGCUUAACUACCAGUGGCAAAAGACAGGACAGUUCUUCCUUAAUGCUAUCAGCUAUAACCUGGCCUGGGACCCACAAGGGAACCGUAUUCUGGCAGCUACAGAGCGCCUGCAACUGUGGGCCCCUCCGUCAGCAGACACACUGAUAGAGGAGGAGGAUGGACCCGGGACCCAUGACAAACCUCACCCUGCCCUCAACGACUGGAAGUGUGUCUGGGAGUGCAAGACUGCAAUGUCUGUUCACAUCACCAAGUGGUCUCCUGAUGGGGAAUACUUUGCAACAGCCGGCAAGGAUGACUGUCUGUUGAAGGUGUGGUACCCCACCACUGGGUGGCGCUCUGCUGUGGUGCUCCCAGACCUCCCAGAUAAGAAAGGCCCUCAGGUCCACUUCUCCUUCAUAUACCUGGCCCACCCCCGCUCUGUCACCGGCCUGUCCUGGAGGAAGACCAGCAAAUACAUGGCCAAGGGUAGUGUGUGUAAUGUGUUGUUGACGUCGUGUGAGGACGGUGUGUGUAGGUUGUGGUCUGAGACGGUGCUGCCAGAGGACAGUAUCCUGGGUGGUCAGAUCACUGAGAACACAUACAGCUCCAGCCUGCCAGGCCUGGGGGGCAAGGACAAGAUACAGCACGCCCUGGAGUCGAUGAGCCACCUGAAGCACCUGCGUCGUGGUCGUCGGAGGUCGUCUGCCCUGGUGUCUCACACUGAGCUGCUGCCGUCUCAGAUGGGGACCCACGAGACACACACACACCGCCACAUCUCUCACCACGCUAACGCUCUCUGUCACUUCCACAUCUCUGCCAGCAUCAACCCUGCCUCGGACAUCCCAGCGGUGCUAGCGGAGUCUGCAGUGUUUACUCCGGAGGACGGGAGUGGAGGAGGAGGGUUUGUGGUCCACUGGCUCAACAACAAGGACCUGUCCUUCACAACCUCCAUGGACCUGUUCAUGCUGCAGCUCCGCAAGCUCUCAGAACAGCAGCUGGACCAAGCCACCGACGACGCCCUCGACCAGAACGGCUCCCCCAUUAAGUUUGACUUUGACCUAGAUGAGAUGUCAGAGAAGGGUUCAUCAGAGCAUGGUGAGGAGGGGGAGGGUGGUGAGGGCAGCACCAAGGCGUCGUCCCCAGGCUCCAGUAGCUCAGUGCCCCUGCCCUCCAUGUUGCUGGAGAGGAAGAUGGAGGCGUUAACUCUGGAGUGGAAUAAGAGUCCUGACAUGCUGUUUACCAUCCACCCCAGCGACGGGUCCUUCCUGGUCUGGCACAUCAAAUACCUGGACGAGUACAUCCAGGGGAUCUUCAGACAGGUGCAGGUGUCGUUCUCGUCCCGUAUCCCGGUGGCGUUCCCUACAGGCGACGCCAACUCCCUGAGUAAGAACAUUCUGAUGUACGCCUGCUCCUUCUUCAACGUAGAUAGCUCCAACGCUGUGGGGGAGCAGGGGAAGAGGGCCCGCCGGUUGCCCCGUUCUGCCUCUGCUGGGCUGGGUUCCUCAGCCCUCAGCCUCUCUCUGGGCCAAGCUCCAGGCAUCGGCCCCGCUGUCAUGAUGGUGUCCAAACAUGUGGACGGGUCUCUCAAUCAGUGGGCGGUGACGUUCGCCGAGCGCUCGGCGUUCUCCAAUGUUCUAACCGUAUCUCAUACGUUCCGUUACUGCGGUCACCGGUUCCACCUCAACGACCAGGCGUGUCACACCGUCCUCCCCCUACUGCUGACCUCCUCCCACCACAACGCUCUCCUCACCCCCCCCUCCGCCCCCGGCAGCAUCGACCUCGACCAGCCACCCACAAACACACCUCCCCCCAGAGGGCGGCGCAGGAAGCAGCUGCGUAACGCGGCCACCAGGACGUUCCAUGACCCGAACGCCAUCUACAGUGAGCUGAUUCUGUGGAGGGUGGACCACAUAGGACCCCUGUCCUGCACUGGAGGGGUGUCAGAGCUGGCCCGAAUCAACUCCCUACACACAUCAGCCUUCUCCAAUGUAGCAUGGCUGCCUACCCUGGUACCCAGCUCUGUGCUAGGUACGUACUGUAACAGUUCCAGUGCGUGCUUCGUAGCGUCAGACGGUAAGAACUUACGUCUCUACCAGGCUGUGGUGGACGCCAGGAAACUACUGGACGAACUGUCAGACCCUGAGACCUCAAAACUAGUAGGAGAGGUAUUUAACAUAGUGAGCCAGCAGUCGACAGCCAGACCAGGCUGCAUCAUAGAACUAGAUGUCAUCACUAACCAGUGUGGAUCUACCACCCAGCUCCUUCAUGUUUUCCAGGAGGACUUUAUUUUGGGGUAUAAACCUCAGGAGGACCCAGAGCUCUACACUACAUCCUACCCUUAUACCGAGGAGUACCACCCUACUCCGUUCUCUGAGAAGUUCUUCCUGGUUGUCAUAGAGAAGGACCUGAACAUGAACUCUGUGCUGCAGAUGUGGCACCUGCACCUACAGUCCGUGCAGGCCUGUGUGGAUGAUCCGGUCCCAGAGAGGUCGUACCAGUCUCAGCUGACGAUCCCGUUCCAACAGAGUACAGUUGACACGUCUUCCUCCCCUCUCACUCGCUCAGCCUCGACAGCUAACCUGCAGUCAGCCAGCAAACUGAUCCUCAGCUCCAAGCUGGUCUGUAGCCACCGUCUGGACCUGCCUGUUGGGGUGGAGGUGACCAGGGCUACGCCCUCCGCAGGUCACCUGAGUUCGUCGUCCAUCUACCCUGUGUGUCUGGCCCCCUACCUGAUCGUCACCACCUGCUCUGACUCCCGCGUCCGGUUCUGGCGAUGCUCUGUGGAGGGGGGAGAGACUGCCCUGGGGUGUGAGGAGGGGGAGAACAGGGUCUAUCACUGGGAGCCUUGGGCUCUACUCAACGAGGAGGAGGAUAACAACAGUGCUGUGUGUGUCCCGGGACGUCCUGUAGCCGUGUCCUGUUCCUACACUGGACGACUGGCUGUCUCCUUCAAACAGCCCCGGCCCGGACACAUCGCGGGACAGAGCCAUGGUCCAGCAGGGGACUUCUCCAUGCACGUGUCCAUCUUUGAGUGUGAGUCUACGGGGGGGUCUGAGUGGGUGUUGGAGCAGACCCUCCACCUGGAUGACUUCACUAGGCCCUCCUCUACCCUGGACCCUGGAGUCAGUGUAGACUCCAACCUCUUUGUGUACAGCAGGUCUGACCUGUACAUGAGUCGCGACCACCACUCUCCCAACAUCAAACACUAUGUCCACCUGGACUGGCUGUCCAAAGAGGACGGGUCUCAUAUCCUCACGGUGGGGGUGGGAUCCAAUAUCCUCAUGUACGGUCGCAUCUCGGGCGUGGUCAACGAACAGACCGCAAGCAAGGACGGGGUGGCGAUCAUCACCCUACCUCUAGGGGGCAGCAUCAAACAGGGUAUCCGAUCCCGCUGGAUCCUGCUGCGCACUGUGGACCUGCUCUCCUCUGUAGACGGCACCCCCUCCCUGCCCGUGUCCCUGUCCUGGGUGAGGGACGGCAUCCUGGUGGUGGGUAUGGACUGUGAGAUGCACGUGUACGCCCAGUGGCGCCAGGACCGCAAGCCCGGUGAUGCCGAGGGGGAUAGCCUCUCCUCUGAAGAUAACAUCGCCGGGGGGGUUGGAGGGAGCGGAGGGCAGACGGCCACUGCUGCAACCACGGGGGGAUCCUCGUCGGCGUUCAAGGGGCGCGCCCGGUCCAAGAGUGUGUUUGAGGGCAACGUGGCAAUCGAUGAGGCUCUCCAGGCGCCGGCAGGGCUGCAGGAGGGGGGUCUGUUCGAGGCGGCCCACUCCCUGUCCCCCACCCUGCCUCAGUACCAUCCAACACAGCUGCUGGAGCUCAUGGACCUGGGGAAGGUCCGCCGCGCCAAGGCCAUCCUCUCCCACCUGGUGAAGUGUAUCGCUGGGGAGGUUGCUGUGGUGAGGGACGUGGAGGCAGGUGAGGGUGGAACCAGACGCCACCUGUCCCGGACAAUUAGUGUGAGCGGCAGUACGGCUAAAGACACCAUCGUGGCCGGCCGCGACGGGGGACGAGAUUACACAGAAAUCAACUCCAUUCCCCCUCUACCCCUCUACGCUCUGCUCUCUGCUGACCUGGACACCUCCUAUAAGGGAGGAGAGGAGGGGGCGAAGGGAGGGAAGGUGGCUGAGGUAGAGGGGGUGAGGAAGACAGGAGGAGAUCAGUACACAGACCUGUUCCAGUUGCAGGCGGUGACGACAGAUGACUUUGUGAGCUUCGCUACAGAGAAAGUAGAGAAGAAGUCUAGAUUCAUCAACCUGUCUCAGUACGGACCCACCUACUUCGGACCAGAACACGCACAGGUGUUAUCUAGUCAGCUGAUGCAUUCCAGUCUUCCAGGUCUGACCAGGUUGGAACAGAUGUUUCUGGUGGCUCUAGCUGAUACUGUAGCUACCACCAGUUCAGAGGUCAGCAGCUCCACUGACAAACAGUACACAGGUGGUGAGGCCCUGGAUGAGUGUGGGUUGAGGUACCUGUUAGCCAUGCGUCUACACACCUGUCUCCUCACCUCUCUACCCCCACUGUACCGCAUGCAGUUGCUGCACCAAGGUCUGUCUACGUGUCACUUUGCGUGGGCAUUCCACUCGGAGGCUGAGGAGGAGAUGUUGAAUAUGAUCCCGGCCAUGCAGAGAGGAGACCCUCAGUGGUCUGAGCUACGGGCUGUAGGGGUGGGCUGGUGGAUCCGCAACAUCAACACACUACGCAGGAUGGUGGAGAAGGUGGGUAAAGCAGCGUUCCAGAGGAACAACGAUCCUUUAGAUGCGGCUCUGUUCUACCUGGCCACGAAGAAGAAGGCUGUUCUCUGGGGCCUGUUCAGGUCUCAGCGUGAUGAGAAGAUGACAGUGUUCUUUAAGAAUAACUUCAGUGAGGACCGCUGGCGUAAAGCAGCUCUGAAGAACGCUUUCUCUCUGCUGGGGAAACAGCGCUUUGAACAGGCUGCUGCCUUCUUCCUGCUGGCUGGCUCCCUGAAAGACGCCGUCGAGGUGUGCUUGGAGAAGAUGGAAGAUAUCCAGUUGGCCAUGGUAGUAGCCAGGCUGUACGAGGCCGACUAUGAGAGCAGUUCCACCUGCCAAGCCAUCCUGUAUGAGAAGGUUUUGGGCUGCCAGAGGGAUGGGUCGGGGUACCACUGCACCAAACUACACCCUGACCCGUUCCUACGCAGCAUAGCCUUCUGGAUCAUGAAGGACUACACCAAGGCCCUGGGCACGCUGCUAGAGUGCAUCCCCAAAGAGGAUGAUGAGAACCCAGAUGUGAUGGUGAAGUCGUGUAACCCGGUGGUAUUUAGUUUCUAUAACUACCUGAGGACACACCCCCUGAUCAUCCGCCGCCACUACGCGUCCCCUGAGGGGGCUGUGACAUCACUAGGCCUCACCUCGGAGAAGAGCAGCGUCGACGAGAUCAACCUCAUCGAACGCAAACUCUUCUUCACCACCGCCAACGCACACUUCAAGGUGGGCUGUCCAGUGCUUGCCCUGGAGGUGCUCUCUAAGAUCCCCAAGGUGACCAAGAAGUCAGUCUCCUCGUCCCCCCUAAGUAAAGGCUCUUCCAUGGCCAACGUCAGCUCUAGCCUGCCUCUGGAGAAUGGGAACCAGGGGGCCCUGGACUGGGCCUCUCCUGCCCCAGUUAAGGCCAAUCCUGCCUGGGGUACAGAGGAGAGCUCAGCCACACUGGACUGGAGCCAGCCUCUGGUCAAAGUGGAGGACGAUGGACUGCAGCUGGACUGGGGAGAUGAUAAGAACGAUGAUGAAGCUGAUGGUGGUCUGACAAUGAAGAAGACUGAUGUGGAGACCGAAGCUGAUGAGGGGUCUGGGGGGGUGAGACCACCUGGGCUGCAGAGAGAGGACUCUCAGGGUGAGUCUGAGGUGGACGUGAUCGCAGAGCAGCUGAAGUUCCGAGCGUGUCUGAAGAUUCUGAUGACAGAGCUCAGGACGCUAGCUACGGGCUAUGAGGUGGACGGGGGGAAGCUGCGCUUUCAGCUCUACAGCUGGUUAGAGAAGGAGAUAGGAGCCAUGCACCGUAUCUGCAACUACAAGGUGGCGGGGAAGGAGGAGAGCCAGGAGCUGGAGAGAUGGGAGGAUGGAGGAGGAGUAGAGGACGUGUUUGAGGAGUCCCUGGGGGGUGGCGGGGGUACGGAGGCGGGGGCGUAUGAGCGCCACCAGCUGGGGCGUAGGCGUCUCGCAGCCAAGCAGCUUCAUGCUGAGAGGAGGAAGGCGUGGCUAAGGAAGAACCAGGCUCUGCUCCGGGUCUUCCUGUCCUACUGCAGCCUGCACGGCGCCAAGGGAGGGGGGGUCACCUCGGUACGCAUGGAGCUCAUCUUCCUGCUGCAAGAGAGCCAACAGGAGACUACAGUGAAACAGCUCCAGUCCCCCCUGCCCCUCCCCACUACCCUCCCCCUCCUCUCAGCCAGUAUCGCCACCACCAAGACGGUGAUCUCCAACCCUGUGCUCCACCUCAGCAACCACAUCCAUGACAUCCUUCACACCAUCACACAGAUGGAGCUGCCUCCACACCCUGAACUCAUGGACGACAGGGUGAAUCUCCUGCACACCCUGGCUGCCUCUCUGUCUGCCUGCAUCUAUCAAGCCCUGUGUGACAGCCAUAGCUACAGCAGCCAGGCAGAGGCCAAUCAGUUUACAGGGAUGGUGUACCAGGGUCUGCUGCUGAGUGAGAGGAGACGGCUACGCACCGAGAGCAUCGAGGAGCACACUACACCCACCUCUGCCCCCGCGCAGUGGCCAGGUGUGUCCUCUCUGAUUGCUCUGCUCCAGUCAGCUCAGGGCGAGGAUCAGCCCAAGCUCAAUGUGUUGCUGUGUGAGGCUGUGGUGGCAGUUUACCUGUCCCUGCUCAUCCAUGGGCUGGGCAUGCACGCUGGCAACGAGCUGUUCCGCCUCGCUGCUCACCCCCUCAGCAACAAGAUGUGGGCGGCCGUGUUUGGGGGUGGGGCUAAAAUCAUCAUCAAACCCAAACGGAACGCCGAGAUCACUCCAGCAGCAGCAGGUAAAGCUAGAACGGACUCGUCAUCGUCAGUGACCUCUGAACCUGACUCAGGGACUAAGGCUAAAUCAGUGGUUCCAGAGAUAGUCACUCAGGAUAACGGUCCAGCCGUGCCAGCUCCUCCCCUGGCAGAGGAUGUGGACAGACUCAGACGAAGGUUUAAUAUGAGGAUGCUGGUUCCUGGUCGUCCAGUAAAGGAGGUCCCUGCCACCCCCCCUCCCGUCCCUGCAGAGAGACCCGCCUACAGGGAGAAGUUCAUUCCUCCAGAGCUCAGCAUGUGGGACUACUUUGUGGCCAAACCCUUCCUGCCCCUGUCAGACAGUGGAGCUCUGUACGACUCAGACGAGAGCGGAGAGGAGGAUGACGACGACGACGAUGAUGAGGAUGCCUUCCUCUCUGACACACAGAUGACUGAACACUCUGACCCCAACUCAUACAGUUGGUCUCUGAUCCGUCUGGUCAUGGUGAAACUGGCUCUACACAACGUCAAGACCUUCCUCCCUCUCACUGGACUGGACUUCACAGACCUGCCGGUGACGUCUCCUCUGGGGAAUGCUGUGCUGAAGACACUAGAGAACUGGGAGACCAUACUCCAGGAGAGGAUGAACAAGUUUGAUGGUCCUCCUCCCAACUACAUCAACACCUACCCCACUGACCUCAGCACAGGAGGGGGGCCCGCCAUACUGAGACACAAGGCCAUGCUGGAGCCUGACAACACACCUUUCAAGAAUAAGAACCACAUUUCGUUUCCUGCGAGGCGUCUCUGGCACUACCUGGUGAAACAGGAAGUUCUUCAGGAGACUCUGAUUCGCUAUGUCUUCACUAAGAAGAGGAAGCAGAGCGAGUGUGUUGAAGGCUAUAUGGAUCUCCUCAGCCCAAACUGUGUAUCUGGAGCUCUCAGGUCCAACAAGGUGGAGGGAGACUUGGGCUACCCAGGAAGGAAUGCUAAGAUCAUCCACAAGGAGUCUGACAUCAUCAUGGCCUUCGCCAUCAACAGGGCUAACACCAAUGAGAUAGUGCUGGCGUCCACUCACGACGUGCAGGAGGUUGAUGUGUCCACUCUGUUAGCUGCUCAGCCCUACACCUGGAUAGGAGAGGACUUUGACAAGGAGUCACACAGUUCUGAUGACGUGGACUACCGUUCUUCCCACACUAACGUUGCCCAGGCCUCCUCUACCCCGUCCCACUUCAACCCCAAAGACAUGGCAGCCUCUGCAUCCAUGCCCUGGCUGGGGAGUGGGCAGACCAGCAUGGGAGCUAGUGUGAUUAUGAAGAGGAACCUGAACAAUGUGAAGAGAAUGACCUCCCACCCCAUAUUCCAGUACUAUAUGACUGGGGCUCAGGACGGCAGUGUUCGUAUGUUUGAGUGGAACAGGCCACAGCAACUCAUCUGCUUCAGACAGGCAGGCAACGCCAGAGUCACACGCCUCUACUUCAACUCACAGGGAAACAAGUGUGGUGUAUCAGAUGGAGAAGGCUUCCUCAGUCUGUGGCAGGUCAACCAGACCUCCUCCAACCCCAAGCCCUACGUG